AAGUCGCCAAGUCGUUACAAAAUUUUCGAGAGCAACGCAACGCGCGCGUUUCCCGGCUGGAAAAUCUAAGAAUAUAUACAAAAACUAAAUUAUUUUUAUAUACUCAAAAAAAUAAAUAAAAUUUAAAAAGCAAAAGAAAAGAUGCAAUUUAAAAAAUAUUAACAUAAAUUAUUCGCUAUACGUUUUGGUUAAUAUUAAGCUGUGCGGUUUUGUGCUUGUGUAUGUGUGUGUGUCUGUCUGACGCAGUUACCGUUACAAUUGAAAAGUAAUGAAGUAAAAUAACUUGAGAUUAAAAAAAAAAAUUCACUAAUAGUCAACCUUGGUCAGCAAAUAGCCGUUCAUUAAUUAUAAAACAAAAGCUAUAGCUGUAUUUUGUUGUGGUAGUUCUUUAUGUAAAACAAAAAUCAGAUCCAAGUCAAAAGCCGACGGCUUCUCACCUGGGAACUUUCUUAUCAGUCUGCAGCAGAAGCACCAGUCCCGAUUAUGGCAAAGGACCCGUCCACGUCGCGCAUUCCCCGCCUGGACGGCGUUUCGCGGCUCCCAAAACCAAGUACAUUUGGCCUGGCCAGCAACAGCCAGGGAGCCAAUAGCACCGCCACCCAACACAUCCCACCACCGACGGGCACCUCGAAAGCCACGCACAUCUUCCGGGCUCCAAAUGACACUCCCAGGCCGCGACCGGCCAGCUCGUACGCUCCCUCCUCUGCGGUGCUGCGAGACUUUGGAAGUAGUCUGAAAAAGAGCGCCAGUGGCGAGCGGAUCAACAACGCGGUCAGCCUGCUGAGCAAGCGGACCACCACGGCCCUGAAGAAGUACUUCAGCCCCAAGCCGAGCACAUCCCCGAUGACGAGCUCCCUGCCAGUGACCCCGCUUCCAGCCGGAAAACGAGGAGCUGUGGCGGGAGACCAUCAAAUGAUCAGCAGCACCCCAAUGCCCCUCUUGAGGUCCGAGACCUUCGUGUGCGAUGAGGACAUGCAGUCGAACCACCCGAGGCUGGAGACCACACGGCUUUCCACUCUUGGAUGCCCGCAGCUGGAUUCGCCCAAUGAAACCAAGGUCCUUACCAUGGACGCCCUCACAUCAGCAGAAAUGAACACGAAACUGAAGAGAUUUGCCUCAACGGAUACCACGCCAUUGAUGAAACCCACCCACAACUCAACUUUGAACUCCCAAUCGAUGCUGCGGAAGUUCAGCUCCCUGGACACCACCCAUCACGAAUCCAGAGUAUGCGCCAACAACGCCACACACACUGUGCUGGAGUCGGACGCCAUGGACGUAACUAGGCCCGUGAUCAAUGCCAAGGAUGACACCACAUUCACUUCGGGAAACCCUUCAGGGAUGGGCAAUGUGACAAAGGUGCUGGAAGGAGUCGGAAACGUGACCAAGGUUCUGGAAGGCGUUGGAAAUCUCACAAAAACCCUGGACGGCGGUGGAUCGUUAGAUUUAAGUGGCACUCAUGCAGAGGCCAAUCGGAAUGUGACCACCACAGUGACGAGAUGCAUCAACCGAACGAAGACCUUCGAAAGAGACCCGAAUCUCACCAAAACCAUAGGAAAAGCAGAAGAUGUAGAACAGAAUGAAGCCAAAUGGGACGACCCUGAACCCAACCUAACAAAAACCUUUGAGAAAGGGCCUAUUGUCCGGGCAGAUCUUACAAAAACAGUGCAUGAGCCGGGCAAUUACACGAAAAUCAUCCACGACGGAGCCAACUUGACCCAGAGCAUUGACCAGCUGCCCUUGAUCGAGCACAUGUCCAUCCCGUCGGGCCUGGACAUCCUCAGCCUGAAGAGCUCUGGAGGCGAGGUGGACAAGAUGGACCAGGAAGUCAACGACAUGCUGGACGUGACGUUGACCAAUCUGACGCCUUCUGGCGCCAACAAGGCCAACAUGAAACUGCCACUGAACUCCACUUUGAAUACGGAGCGACUGCUGGACAUCUCCGGGCUGCAGUCGCCAGCGAGGCACAUCCAGUUGCUGAAUCUGACCCAGGAGCUGGAGAGGGUGACCCCCAACCGGGGGCACCUGCCGGCCGGGCGAAGGUCGAUUCCCCAGCACUCUCUGAUGUGCUUGUCCCCGCAGUCGGCUACCACAACUCCCCAUGGAUUGCGGUUAAUAGGUCAGGGUACGCCCCAGCCAGUGCACCUGCUGUCCCCCUUGCUGAAGCAGGCCCAGAGUGCCCUGGUCCUGCCCACUCGAACCCCUGACGGUGACUUGUCAAUGGAUGGUAACCGGGGAGCGUUGGAUACCACCCUGACCUCCACUUCUGGGCGGGGAAGGACCCGCUACAGCUUUGGCCUGGACCUGCCCGACACCACCCUGGAUUGCUCCAUUGAACUGGUGGAGAACUCGUUCUCAUCCUCCACCCAGUUGCAGCAGCAACUCCUCAAGAAACAAAGCUCCUUCGAUUUGGACGAGAGCCUGGGCAUCCUCACGCCAGAGCAGAUGAAGGACUUCCUGGACUCCCCAAUGCACAACAAUCUGAUGCACAACAUGGAGCUAAUUAGGCUGCAGCACUCGAACCUGCAAGCUCAGCUGAGAAUGGAGCAGACUCCCUCGCCGGAGGAGCUGCCCCUGGACCCCAUCGAAAUCAAGUCAGAGAUUGUUAAACAGGUGGAGGCGGCUCAGAACCAGGUGACCACUUCCCAACAGUCAAAGCUGAGCAACAGCUUCAUCACCAGCGUGACUAGCGUGACCAGCCUGGACACGGGCUACCAAGGGGAUGGAGAGAUGUCCCGCCCUGCCUCCCGGGGUGCCUGCGACCACUCGCCGAGCAACGGGCCCCACGUGGGCCGGGUAUCCCGCCAGCCCAGCUUCCCGCCCCCCAUGGUGGCGCCUCUACGCCGCCAGGAUCCUAUGACGGACUCGGACUUCUUCACCGAGUCGGAUGCCGACGACGUCCUGCAUCGCGGCGGCGACCGUCGGGCCCAAGUGAUCGACGGUCAGUUAUACGGGCCGGACAUGCUGCAGCCGAGUGCCUCGGUGCCCCAGAUGGAGGACUCCUGCAUGGAGUCCUCAGGAAUAUUUACUGACGUAGAGAACCGCUGUGACGAGGAGAUUCGACAGCCGGAGCUCGAGCUGGAUGUGGAGGUCGAUGUGGACAUGUCGCCGGAUGACUCCACGCAGACCAUGCGAAAAGGUCAAGGCCAAACUAACCAGCAGACGCAGCAGCAAAAUCACCUGCCGGCGCAGCAGCGCCCCCCCAGCAGCUGCCUCUCCUCCUCCUCGGCGGCCACCACGCUCUCGAACCGCACCUCCUACUGCAGCGUCGACGGCGGCAGCGCGCGGAGCUUUUGCGAUCUGGAAGCUUUCGGCGGGGCGACUUUGAAUCCAAGCACCGACUGCCGAUCACCGACGACGUCGGCUGCGGCCGCGACGUCGGCUGCGGCUGCGACUGCCUCGCCGCUCGGGCACUCAAUUCAAAAAGUGACGACGCCGCGGCCACACGCCUCUCUGUCGUCGCUCUGUACGGUGGAGACUUUCCGCGACUCUGCCUCCUCGCACUCCUCCCUGGCCUCGCCCAAGUCGUGCAAAUCGGCGGCGUCGAAAAUCGCAGGCAAGUCUCGAACAGUGAAAUCGUCACCGAAAUCGCCGAAAUCCCCCAAAUCACCCCAAAAUCGUAAAGCUCAUACCCCCAACAAAUGGGAUGCCGUGAUGAAUAAAAUCGCGAGCAACAAGUCACUGAUCAAAACCAACUACAACGAUGUGAAAUCGAAAGUGUCGACAACGCGGACAAUGGCCCAGGGUUCGAGCCCCGUGUCCGGUUCGGCAACGGCUUCGGGCUCCGGCUCGGGUUCCGGAUCCGUUUCCGUCUCGAGUCCGCGGGCCAGUCCCAAUGUCAGUUCAAGUGCCCGGCGUUCGCCCUCGGUCCAAACGCCCAAAGUGCCGCCCAAAGUUCUAACCGUGAAACGGUCGAGCAGCAGCUCUGCCGCCGCCAAGGUCAGCGCCACGCCCUCCCCGCCCCCGUCAACGCGGCAGCCAGUGGAUAAAGGCUCAGUUGUCAGGGUGUCAGUGGUGGGUGGCGCUCGUGCCACAAAAUCGCCCAAGUCCCCCGGCUCCCCCACCUCGCCUCCGGCCAAGAGGCUGCAGUCUUCAACGUUGGCCAGUCGUGGCCGUUCGUACAGCAAGGACAGCCACAAGAGCUCGCACAGUGACCUGAGUUUGAUGAGCAACGGAAACGGCAGCGUGCCUGCCACCAAUGCCUCUGGAAGCGGAUCCCCAAAACUAUUGGCUAAAAUUCCAUUGCGAGCUGCCAAGAAGCGAGAUGUGCGCAAUCUGAGCAUAUCGCCAACCGAUCUCGGUCCGCCACCCAAGACCCAGCAGACGUCCAAAGGACAAUCCUCGCGCAACAAAUCAUCUACAACGUCCACGCCCACAUCGAUGCACAAACGAUUGAAUGGAACUCCAGCCAUCGCGGCAACCACUACGCCCAUCAGCGCCGCCAAGGGAGUGGUGGCCAAGUCCGCCACCACAGCCACAAUCAAAACCCCCCAGCAGCCGACGAAGCUCAAGUCCAUAACCAACAUCAGAGGCCCCUCGACUGGCGUCGUUUCCGCGGAAUCCCUGCGAUCUGGCGUGGAUCAAACCGAACUAAGGGAACUGAACAGGGUGUCCCCCAAAAAUGGCUGCCCCACUCCGCCCAUGGCACGCGACUCCAAGCGGGCCUCCAUUGGCUGCGAGCUGCUCUUUGAGACUGAGGCAAAGCUCAAGAAGUGUGAGGAGCAGGUUCCCCAACCUGAUGUGGCAAGUAUUACGCCCCCGGAGACAUCAGAUUGCGAUCCGAAGGCUCCCGAAAAGGAGCUCAAGUCCAAUGGAAUCAAUAGUCAGGAGAGUACAAGUCAGCAGCCCAGCUCAGAGGACGCAAUUGAAGAAGUGGGUCAGACCAUAAGCUCAAUGACGAUGGUUGCCGCGCCCCCCUUGGACAUAACCGACCAGUACCCCGCCCUGAAGCCCUACUCGGAAAACGGAAAAGUGGACUUAUGCCGGCUGGCCAAGUUCUGCGAGAACAACCAGUUAGAGCGGCGGGAGGAGCACCGGCAGAUCCUGGGACUCGCUGUCAUGGUCCAGUUCAUGUCCCAAGAGCUAGAUGCGUUUUCGUGCAAGGAGACCAAAGAGAAAUGUGCCCGCGCCAAGGGAACUCUGGAGGAUACGAUCGUUCUGCUGCAGCAAACACAGAGGGACUGCGAGAAGCUGCGGGAGGAACUGCAUGCCAAAGACCUCGAAUGGGCGCAGCGGCAGCAGGAAAGGGAGCUCCUGCAUCGCGAUGAACUGAAGCAAGCCGAGGAGAAACUCUUCGAGGUGCAAAUGCUGGCCAAGAGACAGUUCCGCGAACUGGAGUCCCAACUGCUGUCUAAAGACGAGGAGAACAAGCAGGUACAGGAUGCCUACCACACAGAAGUCUCGCACAAAAUCAGUUUAAAACAGGAGCAGUUGUCCAGUGCCGAGUCAAAGGUGCUGGAGCUGCAAUCACGCCUUCAGAAGCUAGAGUCGCUCGAUCAGGAGAACCGUGAGAAGCUCAUCCGUAACGAAAACACACAUGCCGCCCGCCUGGCCGAGUCGAACCAACGCGAGCAGGAUCUGACCGAUCAGGUCAAGGCUCUCACGAAGGAGCUAAAUACCCUAAAAACCAGCAAGGAGCACAGUGAACGCGAUCUGCGCGACCGUCUGGCUCUCUCCCAGGACGAGAUCUCUGUCCUGCGCACAUCCUCCCAGCGCCGCAGUCCCAUCACCAGUCUGCCGGACUCCUCCAGUGCCGAGCUGAUACGGCUGACCAGCGAGGCGGACAGCCUGCGGUGCGUCCUGGAGCUGAAGCAGGCCGAGAUCUCCAACCUCACAAAGGCCAAUGCUGACCUGGUCCGCGUGAACGAGGAGCGCAUAAAGCUGAGCAAUCGGGUGGCCCUGCUAGAGUCCCAGAACGAGAUGCUGCGCAGUGAACUGGAUACCAAGGCCGACAAAGAAAAGGACAUCCAUCAGAAGAUGGAGGAGCUCCAGAAAGCCUACAGCUACGAGAAUUUCAAGCGCAAGCGGCUCACCUUCGACAAGGAGGAGCUGCAGUACACUCUAAAGCAGCGUUCGGAGCAGCUACAGGCGGCGGAGGCCAAAUUGUUCGAGAUCUCGCAGGACAGCAGUCUGCUCGGUUCUCACGGGCGCUGUUCUUCCGGCCGCAGCACCCUGGCCAUUAGCGGCACUGAAACCAAUUCCUCACCCACCUCACCGAUUAUGAAGGGCAUGAUCGAGCGCAACGACUCGGUCAGCUGGACGCUGGAGAUCGAGGACGAGGCUUCCAAGGGCGGGGCAUCGAAAAUCGUUCGCCGAUCGGGAUCCUUGAGGAGCAACAACGAGCAGCCAAGGUUUGCCCCCAUACAGCGCCGCCAAAUUUCAGGCAGUAACGGUCACUCCAACGGACUGGCCAGCAACGGAGGCAAUCCGCUCAGCCAAAGCAUGUCGGCCACGGCCCUUCAGAGGGGUGAGCAGGAGGGACGGCCACUUUCUCGCACUCGCUCCCAUUCUAUGUGCAUCAAGGCCUCCGGGUCAACUUGCGAUUCUCCGCAGCGGAAGAACCGCUCGCGGCAGUCCGAGGAACUUAACCUGGCCGAUUGGAACGAGUCGCGCGAUGCUGGACAGCCAAUGUGCUCCAGUUCGCCGAAACAGUCAAAUGCCGAAAUGCAUCCGCGCAGCUCGACUAUGAAGCUGAUGAACAGCGAGGUUAAGAAGUUCCAGGAGAUCCAGGAGUCGGCCGGAGAGGCCAUGGUCUCUGGCGCCAAUUCGGAGGACGAGAGCUGCUCGGCCUCCUCGGAGGAUAUGAUGCGCUCCUCCGCUUCCAGCACCGCUUCGGUGGGAUCCCUCACCAAGCGGCCCAAGCAGCCUCCUUCGCGGAUGUCCAUUGAGGAGGCCCUGCCCUGCUGCACCCCUAUGGAGGUCAGCUGGUCGGAGGAUGCCGCCGAUGCUGCCGCCAGUGGGUUGGCAUGACAUGGUGGUGCCUUCGAGGACGAGGCGCAGGCCGUGGAGCAAGUAGCCGAGGCAGCGGAAGAGGCUUACGAGUUAGAGGAAUAUACCCACAGGGAACAGUUUCUGGAGGAGGACGAGGAUGAACUUGUCGUCGGUGAAGAGGAGGAGGAGGAUGACCCGCCCGAGAACAGCGAAAGCGAUGAUAGCUUUUAAAGCGCCUUUCCAGGAUUUUGUAAAACAAAUAUAUGCCUAAUACUGAAGGCAUUGGGUGGAAUAAAGCAAAGCUUAACGUUUAUAUAGCACCGGUAUCAUUGAUGGAUAUAUAAAAUACAGACGAUUCGUACGUUCUUAUUCUGAA